CCCCCGCGCGAGGAACCAGCGAGCAGCGGAGCCAACGAGUGCUGAGUGGGCAGCGGGUGGAGCGGAGCCGCUGGGCGGAGCGGGCUCAGAGCCCGGGUCUCCGCGGCUCGGCUCGGGACCCGGCGGCGGGGACGGCGAUGUUCCACUGCAUCCCCCUGUGGCGGUGCAACCGUCAUGUGGAGACCAUCGACAAGCGCCACUGCUCGCUGGUCUACGUCCCCGAGGAGAUCUACCGCUACGCCCGCAGCCUGGAGGAGCUGCUGCUGGACGCCAACCAGCUCCGCGAGCUGCCGGAGCAAUUUUUCCAGCUAGUCAAAUUACGAAAGCUUGGACUUAGUGAUAAUGAAAUUCAGCGGCUCCCUCCAGAAAUAGCAAACUUCAUGCAGCUGGUGGAACUUGAUGUGUCUCGAAAUGAUAUUCCUGAAAUUCCAGAAAGCAUCUCAUUCUGUAAAGCACUACAGAUAGCUGACUUCAGCGGAAACCCACUGACUAGAUUGCCGGAAAGCUUUCCUGAAUUACAGAAUUUGACGUGUCUUUCCGUAAAUGAUAUCUCACUGCAGUCCCUGCCUGAAAAUAUUGGCAAUCUUUAUAACCUGGCUUCCCUGGAACUGAGAGAGAAUCUUCUUACGUAUCUUCCUGACUCUCUUACCCAGCUGCGAAGACUAGAAGAACUUGAUUUAGGAAACAAUGAGAUAUAUAAUUUGCCAGAAUCAAUUGGAGCUCUCUUACAUCUAAAGGAUCUCUGGUUGGAUGGAAAUCAGCUGUCAGAAUUACCUCAGGAAAUAGGAAAUCUGAAGAACCUGCUGUGCUUAGAUGUCUCUGAAAACAGGUUGGAAAGACUUCCUGAAGAAAUCAGUGGCCUGACUUCAUUAACGGAUUUAGUCAUUUCCCAGAACUUAAUAGAAAUGAUUCCGGAUGGCAUAGGAAAACUAAAGAAACUGUCAAUCUUGAAGGUGGAUCAGAACAGACUCACACAGUUGCCUGAAGCAGUUGGGGACUGUGAAAGCCUCACUGAAUUAGUUCUUACAGAAAACCGGCUCCUGACCUUACCUAAGAGCAUUGGAAAACUUAAGAAGUUGAGCAACUUGAAUGCAGACAGAAAUAAAUUAGUGUCUUUACCAAAAGAGAUUGGAGGGUGCUGCAGCCUCACUGUGUUCUGUGUGCGUGACAAUAGACUAACUCGGAUACCUGCGGAGGUGUCUCAGGCCACAGAGCUUCAUGUCCUGGAUGUGGCAGGGAACAGGCUGUUACAUCUGCCUUUAUCCCUGACCGCCUUGAAGCUGAAGGCUUUGUGGUUGUCUGACAACCAAUCCCAGCCCCUGCUCACAUUCCAGACGGACACAGACCACACCACAGGAGAGAAGAUUUUGACCUGUGUCUUGCUUCCUCAGCUGCCUUCUGAACCUACUUGCCCAGAGAACCUGCCUCGCUGUGGGGCACUGGAGAGCUUGGUGAAUGAUGUCCCGGACGAAGCCUGGAAUGAGCGUGCCGUGAACAGAGUCAGUGCAAUCCGAUUUCUGGAAGAUGAAAGAGACGAAGAAGACAAUGAAACGAGAACACUUCUGCGGCGAGCCACUCCACACCCAGGGGAGCUAAAGAACAUGAAAAAGACAGUGGAGAAUUUACGGAAUGACAUGAAUGCUGCUAAAGGACUGGAUUCAAACAAAAACGAGGUCAAUCACGCCAUUGACCGAGUGACCACUUCUGUAUAGAAUUUCACCUCCGAAUUUUACCUCCCGUGUCUUCCCCUGCUGUUGAGAUCCUAUCUCCUUCCUACCGAGGAGCCUCGCGCAGUCCUGGAGCUUCCCCGGGACGUGGGCACGUGCGCGUCACCGCCCGGGAACGUGGGUGCGUGCGCGUCACCGCCCCAGAACGUGGGCACGCACGUGCGCGUCACCGCCCAGGCCGCGCGCUGGCCUGCUGCUCUCCCGAUGGAAGUGCCUUACUCCGGCUCCUCAGCCAGCCAGGGCGCCGAGUGCGCCCCCGGUGUGCCGCCUUUCCCCUGACUUCCAGUCAUUUGUCCUAAGUAGAAUACACUACUGUAAACAUCUGACCUUUGUUUCUGUCUUAUGUUGGGGUAAGGGAGAGCAGGAAGGGAAAUUUUGUUGAUCCUCCUCCCUCCCGUAAAGUGCUGGGACAUUUUGAGCCCAAGUUCUCUUGGACCUACUGAUGAGAGAUAGUUUUAUGUACGGGGCAUAACUGAUCCUUUUUAAAAAAACUUUCUGGCAGCUCAGAUGGUGUAAAUUUAAAAAUUUUGUAUAGGUAUUUCGUAGCAAAAAAAAUUUUUUUUUGUUAUUUUAUCUUGGAAACGGUACAUAUUUUAGUAUUUGUGCAGAAAAAAAAAAACAAAACAGCAGUCCUAAAGUAUUUGUUUUCACUUGUACCAUCCACUUGUGCCUUACUGUAUCCUGAAUCAUGUCAAACCAGUUGUACGCAGUGGCAUCCUUGAGCAGUGAGAUGAGACUAGGAAUGUGCUACUUUUAAAGUAGUGUUGGAUUUUAAUCAGUAAUCUAUCUGGUGGAUUUGUUUUUAACCAAAAGAAGAGUUACCACCAAUUUGUAAAUUUAAUCAGUUGAUUUUUUUUUUUUUAAAGAUGAACCAAAGGAUUAGAUUGCUAAUUUUUCAUGUCUUACACUUUAACUUUUUAUGAACGAGUCUCUUAUGAGUGUAGUGUCUGAGUGUAGCUAUUUGGAAGGUAUAUGCCAUUUAUAAAAUAAAAGAGAGCAGAAAAGCACAAAAGGAGAAAACUGGUUCAGAAAUUCAGUGGAUAAAUGAAUUUUGUACUGCAAAAGAAAGUAUGAUUUUUAGGGAAGAAAGCUUUAAAAGUUUUAUAUUGAGAUAUAAAACCACAAUAAAGCAAAAUAACCAUAUUAGAAAUGUUGCUAUCUUUGUAAGUGCAAUUUAAUUUGUAAAUAGAGUUUGAAUCAAAGUAUAACAAAUCCUUGCUUCAAGUUUUAAUUUUAAAUCUGCUAAUUUAAGGGGCAUGGGGGUAUGUCUUGGUAUGUUUCUGUUGAUUUCUUUCCUUUUGGGGGGGGUAUAAUGUCAUAAAAGAGAAAUGAAAAGUGCCAGUCAAUAUGUGGUAUCUAGGAAAAUCAUGAUAUUGUUGGUUUUUUGUUUUUCUCUCCAUGAAAUAAAAUCACCCUGGAAUUAACCAUACAACUUUUUAAAAUUAAUUAUCACCUUGUAUGUUCAGAUGGUGGCAAGUAGCUGAGUUCUUUGACGAUGCACUCCCAUCCAUUAAAUAUCUAAACUGGUCAGUUUUGAGUUAAUUGCUUGCUGUUUUGCCACACAGCACAGACCCCAGAACUGCCUUCCUCUCUGGCUAAUAACUUUGGGUUGUGGCUGUCUGGCCAGUUGGACUUCGUAGGAAUCUGCUU